AUGACUCUUGCCGCGAAGUCGCCGCUGACGUCCCUCCUCGUAUUUUCGUUGAAACUGCAGAUUCAAAGUCAUAUAAGCCUAACAGAGCUUCUGCCACAGACCGGCCGCUCUCCGAGCAAAGAGGUUAGCAGUAGCGACAGUGAUGAUCAGAGUGGAAUCGCCAUUCUGCACGACCGCGACGAUGCCGACAUCUGGAAGGGCUGGAAGAGGCACCUCUACACCCUCACGCCUCUUCUCACCGUGCUCAACACCGGAAUCUACUUGACGUACCUGGGCCUUCGUAUCGCCUGUGUUAUUUUGGCGCAAAAGGCGUCUGGCCUCACUUUUGCCGCCGCUUGGGUUUUCAUUGCCGUAGAGCUAGCAGUUGCCAUUCCAUCACUCAUGCACAACACCUGGACCAUGUGGUCCCUCAAGAAGCGAAACAGGCCCAAGAUGAGGCUGACGGGAAACGAUGUGCCUACCGUCGACGCUUUCAUCACCUGCUGCGGCGAAGAUGACGAGCUGGUCAUGGAUACCGUUCGCGGUGCCUGUGAUCAGGAUUAUCCCAUUGACAAGUUUCGAGUCAUUGUCUUGGACGACGGCAAAUCGGCUGGUUUGGAGCGGUCUUGCGCUAUUCUCUCGCACACCUAUCCAAACCUCUACUACAUGGCCCGCACCAAGAUUCCCGGACAGCCCCAUCAUUUCAAGGCAGGAAACCUCAAUUACGGCUUGGAGCAGACUACUUUGUUGCCUGGUGGCGCUGGCCAAUUUAUGGCGGCCCUGGACGCUGAUAUGAUCCCCGAGAGAGACUGGCUUCGUGCUCUGCUUCCUCAUGCUGUCAUGGAUCCCAAAAUGGCCCUGGUUUGUCCUCCUCAGCUCUUCUACAACACGCCCCCAUCCGAUCCCUUGGCGCAGUCCCUGGAUUUCUUUGUUCACGUUAUCGAGCCCAUCAAGGACGCCAUGGGCGUCGCCUGGUGCACUGGAUCUGGUUACGUGGCUAGACGGGAGGCUUUGGAGCAAAUCGGCAACUUUCCUCUUGGUUCACUGGCUGAAGACGUCGCUACAUCGACCCUCAUGCUCGGCAAGGGAUGGAAGACGGCCUAUGUCCACGAACCCCUCCAGUUUGGAACCGUUCCCGAAGAUUACGGCAGCCACUUGAAGCAGCGUACUCGAUGGGCCAUUGGUACUGUGGACACGUCUUUCAAGCUCAACUUUUGUCUUUGGGGUGAAAAGGUCCGCCAAAUGACUUUUGCCCAGCGCUUCUCUGGUUUCCUCUACGCCGCUCUCAGUGUCUACACCGUCCUGCUCUCCAUCUCGCUUUUCGCCAUCCCCAUCAUUCUGAUCAUGGGCAAGCCUCUGGUCGCAUACGCCAACGAUACCCAGCUGCGAUGGCUCAUCCGCGCGUGCUUUGCCAACACCAUUGUCAACCGUCUUUGCGAAUUUGUCCUCUUCAUUCCUGCCGGCUACCACACUGGCCAGCGUGGUUCUCGCUACCAGCUCUGGAUGUCGCCAUACAUUGCUCUCUGUCUUAUCCGAGCCUUCAUCCUGCCCAAGUGGCUCGGAGGACAAUCCCAAGCUUUCAAGCCCACCGGUUCCAUCUCCUCAGCCCUCAACGAGCGCGACCCCAAGCUGAAGAAGAACAUGUUCCGCCGCCUAUGGGUCAUCCUUGUCAACUACAUGGCCGGAUUCCACCUCGCCUUUGUCUACCUGACGCUCGUUGCCGUCACCCUCGUCACGUACCGCUGCUUUUUCCAGCAGAGCCACUCCACCAGAGACAUCCUCAUUGCCCUGGUGACACACGCUUUCUGGCCGCCUCUCACCUUCAUCUUCAUCUGCAGCUCCCUCUGGACUCCCGUCGCCUACGCCAUUGACCCCCCUCGAAUGCCCGAACGAGAAGAUCUCCUCAUCCGCGAUGCCGAGACCAAGGUUGCGCACCCCACCACCCAGAGCAAGAAGAUUGCAUUCGGCGGUCAGGCCGCCUGGUUCGAGUUCGAAUACACGUUCUCAACCUUGUACACUUGUCUUAUAUUUGUCCUAUCUUUCCUUUUCUAA